UAUUUCGACGCAUUUUUUAAUAUACAACGCGAUAACUUGUGUCAUUGUUUGUGACAUUUGCGCGUUGUUUUCAUUCACAUUAAAAUCACUCGCACAUGUAGCUGACUUCGUUGCAUUAAUGCGAGUAAUUGAUUUACCGAGAAUUAUGUCAUUUGGUGGGAUUUACAAAGCCUCAUUGCAGUGCACAGGAGUGUUCCAACGCCAUUGGGUAAAACCGAUUGUGAAAUUUUGCUGACUCGGUUUUAAUAUCAUUUAUGAAAUGGCCCACUUAGCAAUGCAGAAUGCCAGUGUAAUAAAACCGUCAAAAUGAGGAAGACACGGGAUAACGACGCGGAGGCCCAGCCACUGCUGAUCGAUGACGAUGAGGAUAUUAAUUCAUCAUUUCAACAUUAUUAUCCAGCUUUAAAACCAGUUAUUAUGAGGGGCGUUGCGAUGCAUUUGGCAGAAUGGCCAUCCCACCUGUUCAGUAUUUUCACGACCGUCUGCAUCGUAUCUGCUGCUUUCAUAGCCCUCGCAUUUGUCACCAUCAUUCUCUUUGCAGUGGAUAGGAAACCGAGGUGUCGCGUAUCACGAAAUGUUGAAAUUGAGGACUAUCCAAAUGUUUAUUGCAUCAAGCAUGCCAGUCACGCCUGGACACAGGAUGAACUCUGUGCCAUUGAAUCAUCAGCACGCGAGUUUCCCGAGCUUCAUGUGUAUCUGGUGAAUCUUCAACGACAUGUACCCGAGACUUCCUCAGCACCUGUCAAUACUUCACUCACGCUGAAUUUCGGCGCCACAGAAGACGCAGUGAGUGCACUUACUGAGAGAUAUACGAAUGUACGCAGCAUCGAUAUUGUCGCUUCAACGCUCUUCAGAAAAUCUAUUCUCGGGGAAGUGUAUACUAAAUUUGAUGGCAAGUUGCUGGAGAUUGCAGUGAAAUCUCAGUUAUUGUGGACUUACGCUGGGAUUGCAGUGAAUCCACUGCAAAUUGAUGGGAUAAAAUACUUGAAGGAUUAUCUUUGCCGAUCGAAUGAGUUAUGCAAACCGAUGAAAAAUGCAGCAAUUAGCACGGAUGGAAGUCUCCAAGUGUCGCCUGUUCCUUGUCACGCUUUCUUCGAGGUAAUUUUAAAAAAAUUGGCUGCAGAAUCCCGGGAUGAAAAGAAAUGUAUGAGAGAUGCUUAUAACUCUUUCUGCGCUGGAAGAGAGAAAUGCAUCGGAGUGGAAAUUCUCAACAAUAUAUCUUGGAAUAUCUCCCAUCGUUUUACAUGCCCAGUGAUAUUUCCGGAGGGGGUUCACAGGUCAUAGCCGAACGUUGCUACUAUCUCAAGAUAAAACUGCCAUUGUAUUCUCAAUUUAGAUGCGGAAUUUUAUUUGCAAAAAAUUCGAUUUUAAUGUCUGAAGUCUGAAAUGAUAUUCUUGUGAAUUCUACUCGAAAGAUCUCAGCUCGUACAGGCGAACUACACCGAGCCAGCACCAUAGUUCUCCCACUGAAACAAGAAUGCAUUUAAUAAAAUUGGUUGAAAAAAAAGUGGUUUAGUAUAAUACAGCGAGAAUCAAUAUUAAUAUGUGCGCGUCCGUGUGGAAAGGGCUCUCAUUUAAACCAGUGUUGAAACAUUUUUUGAAGAUUCUCUAACCGCAAAUUUUUCAUGCUAUCGAGGUAAUUUCGGGCCUAAAGUGUGCAGAAUGUUAUCGAUAUUAUUGGAGUGUACAUAACUCAAUAUGGAUAAAUUGGAUCCUUUUCAUGCGAACAUAUACCACAUGAGUCUGUACAUUAAAAGGUCUGAAAAUUAUAAUAUAAUGAAGAGCGAACAGAUUCUUGGAUUACAUACUAUGCAACACGAUCCUUGUAUUUUUAUUUUCCCCAAGACUUGAGGAAACAUCAACGGAA